UGGAAAGGAUCAUUCCAACGAACAUACGUGCAGCCUAUGAAAGCUCUCGUGCUUGACUUCCUGGGGCUUUACUCUUGUAUCGCUGAUUGUUUUGGGUCGCUUAUCAGGCCUGCCGCGCGAUCGGUGCUUUGCUCUUCCCCUAGUGUCUGUAACUCCAGAUCACGUUUCAGUUUUACUUGUGUAAUUCUGGAAAGGUGGUUUGUGAUCAAGCUGAUCUUUCUUGAAGCGAGUUCUGGAAAGACAGGAGAUUCACAUUUUCAGAAACGAUUUGUCUUGUCGCCCUGGUGCGCACAUCAAAACAUCUCUUCACUGGCAGCAAAAACUUCUCCAGUGGCCUCCUAAAUAGCAUGCUUGCUCAUGUGUCAAAGGUACUACUAUACUCGCCGUACGUAACUGCCAAUGCGUCGCCAAGCUAGCGCUGCACAAAACGAUCUCGAGCACAUGCUAUCUCAUGAAAACGAACAACCAAGGGCAUUGCCAUUAUCACUUUUGGAAAACAUCACAGAUGAUUUCUCUGAGAACCAUCGAAUUGGCAGCGGUGGUUUUGCAGUUGUUUAUAAGGGAAAGCUUGAGAAUGGGAUUGUUGCUGUGAAGAAGCUGUCUGAAAGGCUUGAAAUUUCUGAUGAUAAAUUCAAAGAUGAGGUUCGCUGUUUGAUGAAGGUGAAGCACAAAAACAUAGUACGGUUUUUAGGAUAUUGUGCUAACAUACAAGGUGAAAUGGUAGGCUACAAUGGAGAUUUUGUCAUGGCAGAUGUACGCCAAAGGUUACUCUGCUUUGAGUACGUACCGAAAGGAAAUCUUGAUGAGUAUAUGAAAGAUGCAUCUUGUGGACUUGACUGGAUAAAGAGCUAUCAAAUAAUAAAGGGAAUUUGUGAGGGUUUACAUUACCUUCACCAGAAUCAUAUUGUUCACUUAGAUCUCAAGCCCGCAAAUAUUCUGUUGGAUGACAAUCUGGUGCCGAAGAUUACUGACUUUGGCUUAUCAAGGUGCUUUGAUGAAAAGCAAAGCCGAGCUAUUACCAAAAAUAUGUCCGGAACGUGGGGGUAUAUGCCACCAGAGUUCCAUAGUGGAGACGUAUGCAUAAUCACAUACAAGUCUGAUAUAUAUAGUCUUGGUGUCGUAAUUAUGGAGAUGCUGACAGGGAAAAAGUGGUAUCCUGCAUAUCCUGAUAUUGAUGAUGUACUUGAAAGUUGGAGGAAUAAGUUAAGGGAAUCACAGUGGGGCAUGCAGUUGAAACAGAUACGGCUAUGCACUGAGAUAGGGAUAGAGUGCCUCGAUGUUAACAGAGCAAAUAGACCAGAUACAUCACACAUAAUUGAUAGGCUUGGUGAAACAGAAGAUAAAUGUAUCAUAACUGGCAUGACUUAUUCAACAAUUGCACUGGAAAAUAUGGAGGAUGCCACCAACAACUUGCUUUUUAGGAGGAACAAUGAUCAUCUUAUGAAUGAGAGUGCCAAAAAGAAUGUUAUUGUCGGGCAGGGGAUAGCUAAAAAUCUUCGUGCAGGCCAAGAAUGUCUCAAUGUUAAUCUUCAUAUUGUUGAAGUCGAGUCUGGUCCAUCUAUGUCUGCCAAUGAUUGUAACCUUCAAGAGGCCAAAGAAUUUCUCAAUGGUGAUCUUCACAUUGUUGCAGCCGAGUAUGCUUUGUCUAUUUCUACUGAGGACCGUAACCUUCAAGAGGCUCUCCAAUUCAUUAAGGAUGAUCCCGUGGGAGUAAUUGGAAUAUGGGGUCCAGGUGGAGUGGGGAAAACACACCUUUUGAACAAUAUUAAGAACGCACUUGAUGGAGACAUGACCUUUAACUAUGUUGUACAAGUGACAGCUUCAAGAGGGUGUUCAGUGGAAAAGAUCCGAACUGACAUUGCACGUCAACUUGAUCUGAAGUAUGAUGGUAAUGUGCAAUCUCAAUGUCAUGCCAUCUUUGACUUCCUGAAGAAAAGAAGCUUUCUUGUACUAUUGGAUGACCUUUGGGACCAAAUUGAUUUACAAGCAGUUGGCAUUCCAUAUCCCCUUGGAAGUAUAGACCAAAUCAGGAGAAAAGUGGUGAUCACAACAAGAUCAAGAAAAGUUUGUGGUCAAAUGGAAGUGAGAAAAGAGUGUAAAGUAGCUUGUCUCCAAGAGGAGGAGUCAUGGCAGUUAUUCCAAGAUAAGGUCGGACACGAAACUCUUUCUUAUAGUCCUCGCAUUGAUGCUCUCGCAAGAGAACUUGUGAUGGAAAUGAAGGGCUUGCCAUUAGCUUUGAUAACUAUUGCAAAGGCAAUGUAUGCAAAAUUUGAUACGGCUGAGUGGGAAUAUGCCAUCCAACAUAUGAAACGGACAUGUUGUGAUAAUGAUGACCCCUUGGAUAUGGAAAGAGUUGUUUUCAGCCAAGUCAAGUUUAGUUUUGAUUGUUUGCGAAACAACACUUUAAGGGAUUGUUUCUUGACUUGUGCACUAUGGCCAGAGAAUCAGAUGAUUCCCAAAGUAGAGCUCGCUAAAUGCUGGAUUGGCUUAGGUCUAGUGUUUGAGUCAGACAUACAAAGUUCCUAUACAAAAGCUUAUAGUUUGAUUGGAGAGCUUUUAGCUUCAUGUUUGUUAGAUGGAUGUGGAAAAUUGUAUGACUUUGUUAAAAUGCAUGAUGUGGUUCGUGACAUGGCAUUAUGGAUCUCUUCUGGAUGUAGUGAGAACAAUGGCAAGUGGUUUGUUCGCGCAGGAGUUGGCCCGGACCAAAAGUUUAGCAUUCCUUGGAACCAAGUUCGAUGCAUCUCAUUGGUGCAGAACCGUUUGUUGGAAUUCCCCCCUGUUGAUUCUAAUCCUCAUUACAUGAGAAUUUUAUGCCUUGGAAAUAAUAUGCUGCAUGAAAGCAUAAUAGCUGGAGAAAUCAAGAAAUUUGCUUCACUCACAUAUCUGGAUUUGCGCUUUAACCGUCUGAGUAGUAUACCUGAAGAAUUAUGUUCCUUGGCAAACUUGGAACACCUUGAUUUGUCGGAUAAUCUUGAUGUGGACGAAGUGCCUCACUGCUUUGGAAACCUCAUUAAGCUCAAGUUCUUGUACUUAGAAUCGACUAGCAUACAAAGGAUACCGGAGAGGGUCAUAUCUAGCCUUAAAGCAUUGCAGGUAAUCGACUUCAGAACUGAUUUUUUUAGUCCAGUUCCUAAGGAACUUCUUUCUAGAAUGCUUCAAGAGUUGGGCACCAUACCACACUUGAAAGCAGUUGGUAUCAUUGUGGAGUAUAACAUACUGCAGUUAAGAGAAGGCAAUUACCUCCCCAUCAGGUAUUUAAAUUUGCGGGGACUAGAGACACAUGCACUCAACUUCUCUGAUAUUCUAUCACAUGACUUUGCACGAAGGAACUUGUAUGAACUGCGAAUUCAAAUGUGCAAAAUGAAGGAAAUAAUAUUAAGUCAAGAGUUGGCACAACCAAGCUGCUGUUUUGGUACACUCAAUCAGCUCCUUUUGUUUCAUUUGUCAGACUUGAGAGAGAUAAUUUGGAUGAAAACAUCUCCAACAUCUCUAUUUCCAAGGCUCGCUUGUUUGACGGUGUUGUUCUGCGGGAAGCUAAAUGACCUCUCUUGGGCGAUGUAUCUGCCUUGCCUCGAACAACUCAUAAUAGGUGGUUGUUCUUUGAUGCAGCAAACAUUUUUGAGUGAUCGUGGUGAUAACAAGUGUAGCGAACAAAACAGUUCUAAGACAUUUCCCUGCCUCAAAUAUCUGAGAAUUUCAAGGUGUGUAUCGCUGGUCAAUAUUGGGGAUCCCGAUGUGACAUUCCCAUCCCUAGAGCGACUGGAGCUUGAUGAUUGUCAAGAACUGAAGAGGCUUCCUUUCAGGACAAACAGCUUGCCACGAAAACUGCAGGUACUAGAGAUUGAUGUUAAAUCAUGGGAAAGAUUGGAAUUGGAAGAAUGUGCCAAAUCUUUCCUGCAACACAGGCUUGAAAUUGUAGAAGAUAUACCAUGAACAAGAGUGGACAACUAGGAAACCAGGGAGCCUUUGGUUACUGGGUCUACCCGAUGGAAGAUGGUAGCGCGGGAUAUCUUCAACCGGUUUGGAUGGCAGUCCAGUAACAGGAUAGAUGAUUAGGCAUUUAGGCCUGUUUUGCCGGUUGUGGCACUUUUUGCUUUACUUUCACUUUUAUACUGCUAUGUCGGAGACUAUGUUGAACCGAGAUCCGUUUGUUUAUUUUAAUAAAGAGGCCGUAUGCAUCAUGCUGAUGCAGAGACCGAAGGUAA